AUGCCACCAGUGAGUCAAGGCCUGCUGUUAUAUGCUAGGCUCCUGAUCAAAGGACCCGCCGCUGCGACGAACAAGAAAACUUCUUCCAAGAAGAAGGCCGCUCAGGCAAAGAAUGUUGGAGAAAAGCGACCGCGAUCUCCUAGCCUUGACGCGUCGGAAGUGGCAGAAGAGGGAGGUAAACGCGCGAAGACCGCUGAAGCAGCAGAUCUCAGCGAGAACGAUGUCGAGUCUACAGAUUCGGAUACUCGAAAAGAAGAGGAUAACAAAUCCAUCUUUUCCGGAAAAUUCGACCUUUACGCUAUGGUCUUACCUUUCCUGUCCAAAGUCUAUCUCCCUACCAACUCUUCCUCAACGCCACAAUACGAAGAGCUGUACAAGACAAUCCUUACCUACCAGGCCAAGUCUGAUUUCAGUGUUCAGAUCGUCCUCCCGGAUGCGCCUUACACUAUGGAUGGCGUAGCAAGUUCCCCGGCCCUCUGCGACCCUAUGGAGUGCUUACCGUACGACUUAUGUCUUGAGGACAUCAAGGCGGUGAACGAGCUUUCCUAUACGAAACACCAGGAAUCCUUCUUCCUCGCGCCUGACUCCGACAUCGAGAGCGGUCCUGCGGUCACAGCUAAUACCGGUAUCGUCGACGGAGGAUGCGGGAUUCAGUCCGCUCGCGGAAAGUUCACGAUGAAACGCGUUUGGACAAAGGCGAAUCCCGAUGGAUCCUUAAUUGAACUUUUUGAAGGGUUCUUCAGCUUGAUGAUCUCUUAUAGCAGCCUGUACAGGCGCAAAGGUCAUGGGAAUGGCGACGAUACUGAAUUUGCCUUUUGGGCAGUUCGUGCAAGGAAGGAUGCCAAUGGGAAGGAGAUUGGUCUCAGCCUUGGUACCUGA